AUGGACUUGAUCGAGCUUCCAGUAGAGCUCCUCAGUCGAGUGUGUCGCUUCCUCGGACGGGCGUCGGGUACCAACAAGGAAAAGACUGAGUUCGACGCAAGCAUUCGAUAUGGCCUCCAUGAAUGCUGCUUCGAUCUUAACCCGUCGUCGCUUGCUCUCUUCCUACGCUUAUCCCGUAUCCCCGCCUACCGCAAUCGAAUGGCGCGUAUAAAUAUAUGCGAGCUCACCAGGCCCAGUACUACGAGCGAUUACGAGUGGUAUCUGCUACACGAGGACGAGUACAGCUUUGCGAGAUCUGGUGAAGCCGCCCGUGUGCCCGCUCCAUGUUUCCGCCAACUACGAGACGCGGACUCUUUCAUCGAACUGGAGCUACCGUAUGGAACUCACAUUAUCGGUGAGCAGAAAACUGUAUUACGAGCCUUGCAGCUGUCACAGUUCCCAGAGAAGAUCGCCUAUAUCCACCUUUGGCUCGAAAACUCUCAGAAGCCGGAAUGGGAGCUGUUUGCAGACUCGUUGUCGGAGUUUCGACCUUGGAUCAAGAAAGCUGUCUUCCUAACACCAAAAACUCGCGGCAAAGAUGUUGCGAAGAGUCGCGAAGUGGGAGCCCACAUCAAGAAUGUGCGCCGGGUGCAUCCGGAUGUGCUGGGGGUCGUUGCUGCCACUACUGAUGUUGAACGCCUACAACUUCAAGGAUGCAACGAAGUUCCAGAGCUUCGGAUAUGCCACGGCUGCUCGAUAUACCAGGGAUUGAGAAAGCUACCGCUCUGGCAUGUCAACAUCGGUCGCAAUUACCAGAAACGCGGGGCCCUCACACCAGCCGAACUUCCUCACGCUUGCCGUAACGGCCACGCAAACAAGAGCAGGAAUGGCGCCUACAAUGACAAUAUCAACGCGCUAAUCGAUGCUAUGAUAGCCCACUUUCACGUUUGUCGCGUGCGCAGAGAACAGGAGUAUCGUGGUCCGAAAUACUUCAAAGUCUGUUUCUUUGAUGUUCCGGGUUUGCUCAGAAAAGUCUACAAGAGCGACAUACAGAGGUAUGCUGUAGAGGUAGAAGGAAACUGAAACAGCAAGGUAACAUCUCUGACAGUUUGUAUCUUGGAUUCCAAGAUGAGCUAGAUACCAUACCACCCUGUUUAAGUAAAACGCUCAACACGUAGCUACUACGAUGACAAGUGAGAGAAAUAUGACAUGAGAUCUGUAAACUGCAGAGCAGAAG